GAAAGUGGAGGACCUGCAGUUCCGUGUGGAGGAAGAAUCCAUCACAAAGGGGGAUCUGGAGACUCAGACGCAGUUGGAGCAUGCCCGAAUACGGGAGCUCGAGCAGAGCCUGCUGUUUGAGAAGGCACAGGCUGAAAAACUCCUCAGAGAAUUAGAGGACACCAGGUUAACCACAGUAGCGGAGAAGUCCAGAAUCCUGCAGCUGGAGGAGGAGCUGAGCCUCAGGCGCAGCGAGGUGGAUGAGCUUCGACAGUGCCUCAGGAGCUCUCACCAAGCAGAGACCCCUGAGCAUAACCUUGGUUUGCAGUCAGAGGCUCUUCGUCUACGAGAUCAAUUGCUGUCUGCCAACAAGGAGCAUCAGAAGGAGAGCAGCCAGCUAAAGGAGAAGUAUGAGAAGACAUUAAAGAAGUACCAGCAGGAGAUGGAGAAGCUGAAAGCUGUCAAUGAGAAGUAUUCACAGGAAAUCGUUGAUCUAAAGCAUAAAGUUCAGCAAGCCACUAAUGAGAACAUGGGGCUUAUGGACAACUGGAAGUCCAAGUUGGACACGUUAGCUUCUGACCACCAGAAGUCUCUGGAGGACCUCAAAGCCACACUGAACACAGGCCCUGACACACAGCACAAGGAGAUCGUGGAACUGAAGGCAGUGGUGGAGAGCAUAAAGAUGGAGCACCAGCUUGAGUUAGAGAACCUGAAAGCAAAGCAUGACAUUGAGACAGCUGUUCAUAUAAAGGAGAAAGAGAGCCUCAAACUGAAGUUGCAGGAGGCUGUGGAUGAAGUGGAAAAAAGCAACAGCAACUGGAAAAUGCAACUGGAAGCCAAAAGCAAUCAGCACCUUUUUGAGCUCCAAGAUGUGAAGGACAAGUGUCGAGAUGCUGAGCUGAGGGUGCAUGAACUGGAGAAACUUCAUGGUGAAUAUAAAGAUCAGACACAAGCAAUAGCUUUCUUGAAAGAGCAGAUUUCUUUGGCUGAGAAGAAGAUGUUGGACUAUGAAACAUUGCAGAAAACAGAAGCCCAGAGCAAACAGGAGAUCCACAGAUUGCAGGAGAAAGUGCUUGUUUUAGAGAAUAAGCUGCAGUCCAUGGAGGCCCUGCAUCCUUCUCAGCAUGCAAAUAUGAUUGAAUCUAAUGAUAUUUCAGAAGAAAAGAUAAAGAUGAAGCAGACUAUGGAAGACCUCCAAGACAAGCUGAGUAAAAGAGACAAAGAGGUGUCAUCACUGGUGUCCCAGACUGAAACUCUAAGGGCCCAAGUAAGUGCUUUGGAAAAUAAAUGCAAAAUGGCAGAAAAAAAGGCUGAUUCGGUGUUAAAAGAAAAGAAGAGGCUGGAAGGUGAACUGGAAGCCUUGUCCAAGAAAACACACGAUGCUUCAGGGCAACUGGUCCUGAUCAGCCAGGAGCUACUCAAGAAGGAAAGGAGCCUGAACGAGCUGAGAGUGUUGUUACUGGAGGCGAACCGGCACUCGCCUGGGCCAGAGCGGGACCUGAGCCGGGAGGUGCACAAAGCUGAGUGGCGGCUGAAGGAACAGAAGCUCAAAGAUGACAUCAAGGGGCUGCGAGAGAAACUGAUAGUGCUGGACAAGGAAAAAGCGGUAACGGAUCAGCGGCGAUACUCCCUGAUUGACCCCUCGUCGGAGUCAGAAGUGAUCCGGCUGCAGCACCGGCUCGUCAGCACGGAGGAUGUGCUGCGCAAUGCACUGGAGCAGGGCCACCAGAUGGAGAAGCUCAUGGAAGCGAUGAGGCUCUCCUCCGAGAAAACACAGACUGUUGGAAAUUCUGGGUCUGCUAAUGGGAUUCACCAGCAAGAUAAAUCCCACAAGCAAGAG